CAAAUAACUUCACACCCUCAAAUCAAAACUUGCAACCCCUCAACGACUUUCAAAACUUCAACCUACAAAAAUCCAUCAUCUUCUUCUUGAUCUUCACCUUCACCAUUGAAGAUCACAACUUAUUCAACAAUGAAGAACAAUCACAACACAAUAGCAUCAUCACCAUACAAACUCUUCAACCCUCCAUUACAACCCUCAAAUCUCCUAUCAUUGAUUCUUUUCUUCGCUUUCGGGUUAUCCUUCGGCAUCCUACUCACUUUCCAACUUAAGAACGUCUCGUUUAACUUCCGGUUCAACGACUUCGCCACCACAACCACAACCACCACCACCACCACCAUCAUGGGGUUGCAAGAUUUUAUGUACCCAUCAAAAACAACCCACAACAUGACCGAUCAAGAGCUGAUUUGGCGAGCAUCGAUGGUUCCGAAAGUACGAAAGUAUCCGUACGAGAGAAUCCCGAAGGUGGCGUUCAUGUUCUUGACUAGAGGGCCGGUUUUGAUGUCGCCGUUGUGGGAGAUGUUUUUUCAAGGGUAUAAUGGUCUUUUCACCAUCUAUGUUCAUAUGUCUAAUUCGUCUUCCAAUUGGACUGUACCGGAGGACUCCGUUUUCCAUGACAGGAAAAUCCCGAGCCAGGAAGUCCAAUGGGGAAAAGUUAAUAUGAUCGAAGCCGAACGACGAUUGCUCGCCAACGCGCUUCUUGAUUUCUCCAACCAACGUUUUGUACUUCUUUCUGAGUCUUGCAUUCCCUUAUUCAACUUCACAACUAUUUACUCUUACCUAAUUAAUUCCAAUCAAAAUUUUGUGGAGUCCUAUGAUCUAAUGAGCCCCGUUGGUCGUGGACGUUAUAAUCGGAGAAUGUAUCCCACCAUUAAGCUUCAUGAUUGGAGAAAAGGGUCACAAUGGUUUGAAAUGGAUCGAGAUUUAGCCUUGGAGGUAAUCUCUGACGCGACAUAUUUCCCAGUUUUCCAAAUGUACUGCAAUGGUUCAUGUUAUGCUGACGAACACUACUUACCAACACUCAUCACCAAGAAGUUUGGAUCAAGGAACUCGGGACGAACAUUGACUUUUGUUGACUGGUCAAAAGGAGGACCCCACCCAGCACGGUAUACGAGGAAUGACGUGACAAUUCAGUUUUUGGAGAAAUUAAGGAGCACUAACUAUUGUGAAUACAAUGGGAGAAAAAACCAAACAUGUCACUUGUUUGCAAGAAAGUUUACCCCUCAUGCCUUGGAUAGACUAUUGAGACUCGCUCCGAGAGUUAUGCAGUUCAACCCAUAAGUCUCUAAAAAAAUAAUUUUUUUAAAGAGAUUAUAUUCUACAUUUUUUAUUUAAUUAUUCAUGGUAUAUGAUUUAAAGAGAAUUCUUUUUAGGACAAACUAAUUCAUAUACUUUGUUUCGUUUUCGAUAUUGAAAUCAAAUGUAUAGUUUAAGAAAUAAAACACUCCUUUUUUCCAUCCGGUAAGGUUGUUUUUGUGAAAAUGUAAUGUACUUGAAUCUUGUAUAUGUGGUUUCUAAUACGACGGACUUCAUACGAGCUAUUUGCUAUAAAAAUUCGUAUAGUACAUUGAUUGAGUCUCGGGUAACAGUUAUAAUUUGUGUAUUUGAUCUUAGAGA